AUGUACAUGCUUUCCUUGGAGUGGUGGACGAGGCUUCUUUCGCCCUUCUCUCAUCUUUCACGACAAGGAGAUUUUGACGAGACGGUAGGGCUGAACCUUGCCAAUGCUUUAAGGCACGUAGCGUGGAGGAGAGCUUUCAAAAUCCGAGAUAUCGCUGCCCUGGCCGCCAUUUCUGGUGCAUCUUUUGCACUUCUUGUGGUCGUUGCAUCUGCUCCGUUGUUUGAACCAAUGCCAGCCGGACGGAACACGAGCAUACCUCUACGCACCGAGGAUUUCUUCGCCAACAGUCUGGCGUCUUCCGCCGACGAUCCCAUCUGUACCGGUUGCAACAACGACACUGUCAUGGCAUCCCUGAUUCUUGCUGGCAACGCACCGUAUCCCCCAUUUACCUACACCAAUCUCAACCUACCGAGUAUAUCACUGGUCGAAGAGGACAACAGCAAAGAUUUAAAGAUCGGCGCACGGCUGACCGCAAUUCGCCCAAAUAUGUCGUGUCGACUUUAUCAAUCCAACGAGAUAUCCACCAACAUCACUAUCGAGCGUGAAUCGGACGAUGGGACAGUCAAUCCGCUCCGUGUCGAUCUCGAAGGCGAGACUUGUCGUGGAGACAGGGAGCGAGAUAGCAGCAACGCAAUCAUCGGGACCACCAUGAGCUCGUUCUCUACACAGAACGGUAGAAGCUUGAGUAGCAGUAGCACAGUCUUUGGCGUCGGUCUACGAAAGACGAAAUCAUCGCCGCGUUGUUCAGAUUGGAUAUACAUCUGGGGAAGCCUGGCCGAUCUCGGCAGCAGCGAUAUGUCAGUAAGCAGCAUCAAUGCUCUCGCCUGCAACGAGUCGAUUGAAGCAGUUGACGUUGACGCGGUUUUCCGGGGAUCAGAACUUCACAUACAUCCCGACCAUCCUCCUGUUGUUUUCGAAAGCACAGCCCAGGAUACAACUGUUGCCAUUCCCGAGCUCGAUUAUGCGUCGCUCGUCAACAUUUCCUCAAAUGGUCUGCUUGACUCCUUUUUUGCAAUGUUGAACGCCUCCCAGUUCGCUAUCCCUGAUGCCACAUUUGGCGACUUAUCUUCCAGUGCUGCCGCCGAAGUUCAAUCUGCUAUUCUCUCACAGCACGGUAUCAUCAGAGCACAGUCAUUGAAUUCCAAGAGUCGACGGCAUUUGUCCUCGAGGGGCACGUUCCCGUCAGCGAACGGCACCGAUAUUGUUAGCGGCGUCAGCCCUAAUUUGUCGGUUUCUCAGGCCGUCCCCGUCAUCAGCGGCAGUAAAAUGACAGAAAUGAUUCGGCUUCGCCAGGACACGAUUGCUACGCGUAUCUUUCAAGGUCUCGUUGGUGCGUUGAUGAUUCUUCAUAUCACCUCAUGGAUGUAUUGGCGGCGAAUUAGACUCCCUCGCUCACCAACGACUAUCGCAUCCAUUACUGCGCUCCUUGUUGACGGAAACCUCUUCAAAUCGCUACCCCGGGCCGCGCAAUGGCAGCCAGACAGUGAGCUCGAAACUAUAUACACUGAAGGGGAUCUUACACCACGAUUCGAACUUGGUUGGGAUCGCAAGGGACGAGGUAGAAGACGAGAUGGGCGGGCGAAGAAAGAAGAGGGUAAUUUCGGAAUCCGCGCAAUUGUUCCAAAAGAUUCUAUACCAGAGGAAGUAGAAAUGAGGCCGAUACCACCUCCAAAAUCACCGCCGAAGCCCACCAGCGAGAGAAUUGGGAGAGUCCAUCAAGGAACGGCAGCGCUUGAAGCGGACGAUAUAAUAAGGAAAUCCGUACUCGUUACUAAAGGGCACACACCGAAUUCAAAGUCAAAGAGCUCCAAAGGCUCAAAGGGAUCCAAGGGAUCCAAGACUUCUCAGGGGAGUAAUGAGCCAAAGAGAAAAAGAUCCAUCUCAUCAGCGUUGAGUGGGCCAAAGGAGUUGGUCAAAGUGUGGUGGGCAGGCGGCGGUUGA